CGGUCCUUGGACACGCGUGCGUACUGAGUGCUUGAUUCGGCUAUGGAAGCCCUGCGAGCUUUACGUAGUGUCUCUGUGGUCUGGCGGCCGGGGCUGGGGUCUAGCGCACGGCGGAGGGAUGCAGGCUUCGGCACCGAGGCCCGCAAGCGCAAGGACCUAGUGGAGGACCAGCCUUUCCCCGGGCUGCUGCGGGCAGAGAACCUCGGUCUGGAAGAGCUGGCUCAAGUCCUGAGAGCAGCUGUGGUGGAUCAGAAAGGACCUCUGGUGACACUGAACAAGCCACAGGGUCUGCCUGUGACAGGGAGACCAGGAGAGCUGACAUUGCUGUCUGUGCUGCCAUGGCUGAGCCAGGCCCUGGGACUCGAACACCAGGAGCUCCAGGUUGUGCGAGCACCUGGAAAGGAGGCCUCUGGGCUUGUGCUCCUCUCCAGCUGUCCCCAGACAACAAGCCACCUGCAGAAGUUCUUUACCCACUCAAGGAGAGCCCAGAGACCCACAGCCACCUACUGUGCCAUCACUGAUGGUGUCCCUGAGCCUUCUGAGGGGACAGUCCACAUAGCUCUGAGGCUGGAACGAAUGGAUGGCAUUGAUCUUGCAGUCCCAGUGACGUCCCCAUCUCGAAAGGACAUCCAGGAAGGUGUCAAAAGGACCCUCAGCCAUUUCCAUGUGACGGCCACAGGCUGUGGCUGUGCUCUGGUCCAGCUGCAGCCACUGACAGUCUUCCCCAGUCAGCUGCAGGUGCACAUGGCUCUACAGCUCUGCCCAAUUCUUGGAGACCACACCUAUGCGGCUCGCGUGGGCAGCGUUCUGGGCCAGCGCUUUCUGUGGCCAGCAGAGACUACCAAGCCCCAGAGACAGUUUACAGGAUAGACAGAAAACUGACUGAGCUGAACAGCGCAAGGAGACAAUCAGAUAAGCCAGAAUGUGGGACAGUGCUACAGGCUGGCCAGCCUGGCCUCCAAAGGAUCAGGACGCCAAGAAGGAACCACUGGAGCCGUCCUAGAUCAAAGGAGAUCAGAGACACAAAGCUACCAGUGUGGCCACCCUGGGUACAAACUAGCCUCAAAAACAUCAGUAACAAAAGACGACUGGGGACAAAGGACGCCUGAAAAAUGCCUGGCUCAAUCUUCCCAGGCACCCAGCCAUUCAGUAUUUUGCUUGUUUAUCCUGAAACAAGGCUUCAUGUAGCCCAGGUUGGCCUCAAGCUCACUAUGUAGCCAAGGAUGACCUGAAACUCCUGAUCCUCCUGCUGCAGCAUCCUAAAUAUCGGGGUCACAGGCUUGUGUUGUCAUGCCUUGCGAAAAUUCUGAUCAAUUUUAAAUGGCAAGGACUUCAUCUUUCCCCUUUCCUCUGCCCUCUUCCGUGAUUACGCUGUUUGUUACGGGGUCUCGCUGUAAAGUGCCAGCUGGAUUGAGUUUGGCCACGUAAGCCAGGCUGGCUGUGAACUUGUGGGUUGCAGGUGUACGUGUGCACUUGCUUAAUUUCCUCCUUUACAUUUUUUAAGCUGGAGCUAUGACUCAGUAGUAAUAGUACUACACACGCCUAGGAGGCAGGGCCCUGAAUUCCAUCCCUAACACCUAGGGAUAAUGUCCUUUACAAAAACUAUGCCCUGAGGUUGGGGAUUUAGCUCAGUAGUAGAGCGCUUAAGGCCCUGGGUUCGGUCCCCAGCUCUGAAAAGAAGAAAAAAAAAACCAAAAACUAUGCCCUAUUGCCAGCACAUUAUUCUAAGACAGUGGUUCUCAACCUUUCUAAUGCUUGAAUACAGUUCCUCAUAUUAUGAUGACCCCCCCCAACUAUAAAAUUAUUUUCAUUGCUACUUCAUAACUAUAAUUUUGCUCCAGUUUGAAUUUAAUGUAAAAUAACUGAUAUACAGGAUGGUCUUAGGUGACUCUUGUAGAAAGGUUAUUUGACUCUCAGAACUGCAAGACUCAGGUCAUGUGCUCAGUAUUCCGCUUUCCUGCAGUAAACCUAGGCCUUUAUGAAUCCCAGCUGGAAGACUCCUACUUAAAACUGCCUUCAGCAUUCAGAAACUCUUGAAAACAUUCUUUUAAAGUUGUAUUUGUGUGACUGUUGUUUUGAAAUAGGGUCUCACUCUAAAGCCCGGGCUAGCCUGGAACUCAAAGUGACUCCUUUUUCAACCUCCUGAAUAAGGUUAGGUAGAAGGUUGAGUCCUAUUUGUCCAGCUGUGAUAGCUAAUGUACAUCAUGGUCUAGCUUGGACCGGGAAGCCUAAGGUAUUUAUGAAGCGUGCCCUGAGAUGUCUCUAGAACCCCCAGAGGGCUCUAGCCUAAUGGAUGACUCCUCAUUGAUGGAUUCAGAAUUCUGAUAAACUGUUGGGAGACUAUAGCACUGUGGAAAGUCAAGCUUGGUUAGAUAGUUUAUUUCCAAGCUGGGUGUCAUGAUUUUUACCUAUAAUCUUGGUGCGUAGGAAGCUUGAAGCAGGAGGAAUGCCAUGAGUUUCAGGCUAGCCUGGGCAACAGCAUAAGUUUUUGGCGAGCCUAGGCUAUAUAGAGUAAUCCCCUGUCUCAAAAAAACUAAAAAAAAAAAAAAAAAAAAAAAAAAAAACAACAACAAAACAA